UUUGGCUCAAGUGAGAGAAGAUCCCAAGUCGGAUCUGGGAGGAUCACAGAUGUUGGAUAAAAGGUCCAGCAACGAGGUCUAGCGUCGAACCCUUCGACGCACCGCGAAGAAGCGGGAGAUCCAGUUCUCGCGCGCUCUGAAGGGCCCAGCCCCCGUGCACGAGCCGCGGGAAUGCUGCUGGACGCGCUCUUCAGUGCGCUGUGGUCGCCUCCCAGGCAGUCGGGGCUGUGCUGCUCACCCGACACCCGUGGGCCAGAUGUGCUCCUCACCCGCCCGGACCGUACGGAGCGCACUGAAAACCACGAGCACAGAGAACGCACGGAGGCGGAGGGAUGUCCCGGCACUCCCUGCGCGGAGUCGCGGAUGUGCACGCACGAGCUGCAGUUCGUGCCCGUUGAGGAUGAGGUGAGGCUCCACGACUGCUUCGGCGAAAGCAGCAAGCGGAGGGAUCCAAGCUCAAGGACCACCGUGUGCCCCAUCGUUGAAGGCGAUGAUGAUUUCGAGGAGGACGCCGAGAAGAUUAGCCUCUCGAUUGUGGAGGGAGAUGGCAGGGGGAUCGCGGCGGUCACUGGAAAGACCAUCCAGCAGAACUCUACGAACAGCACCUCGCUGCCGCCCGAAAGCCUCAAGACCGGGAAGGAGAGCCAGGACAGGGAGGCUAAGACACCGACGGGAGACACUGGCCGACACUCGGCCUUCAGCCGCAGCGCGAAGAGCUCGUUCAGCAGCUUGUCUGAGCAAGCGCGGAAGGCUGCGGCCACGAGAGCCGCCAUGGAGAAUCUCAACAUUGAUCCGGACGACGAUGGACGGAGCCAAGGUGGGGUGCUCACCCGCGCGGUGUCCAGGAUCCUGCGGGCGGGCUCCUCGCUGUCCAGCAUCCUCGGGGGACAACGGCAGCAGCGCAUGCCCACGCUGAACUCCAUCACCCAGAGGCGGACCUUGGCCUCCAUGGUGUCGUUAAGUUUGAAUUCACCGCAGCUCUUGCGAGCCACAAGGGCUUACAAGCCGCUGGUGCACUUUGGUGCGGUGUUCCGAGAUCGCAGGUCCACCCGCAACGGCUUCGGCCGCUCCAGCUCCAUGUCGCAGUCACAGCGUGACCCGGAGACCGGCGCCCCGCAGCUCCGGAAGAUGGACUCCUUCGAUGAUUAUAUGCUGAGCUUUCAGACCCGCUAUAUCGACCAGUUCUGGUCGCACAGUUGGAGGGCGAGCACUCGCAAGAAGGUCCUGGUGCUGCUGCUCUACUACAACCAGGGGGCGGCGGUGUGCUUCAGCGUGCUCGCGGGCGUUGCAGCGCUGAUCUUGCGGGGCAUGAACAUUUUGCCCGAGUUCCUUAAGGUCGAGUCUGUCCUGGGCGGCGAGUAUUCCUAUGCUGCCUGGACAUCGAUCUUCGGCAUGAUGGCCUUCCUGGUCGUCCUCUUCAUGUGGCGGCCCACUCAGCGCGUCUUCUUAGACAAGGUCUGCAUUCAUCAGAAGGACCCAGUCCUCAAAAAGGAGGGAGUGGAAAGCAUCGGCGCGUUCCUCUACCACUCCAAGACGAUGCUGGUCCUUUGGGAUCCCAGCUAUGCCACGCGCUUGUGGUGCGUCUUCGAAAUGGCGGCCUUUGCCUGGGCCCACAGGAACGACCUCAAGAACCGAGUUGAGAUCAGGCCCGUCAUCUUCGCCCCAGUGUACUUCGGGCUGAUGAUGUCCUCGAUCAUCAACUGGGCGCUGAUCUGCUUCUUCCCCAAGACGCUCACGCUGAGCGUGACCUUUUGGCCGGCCCUGGAGUCGCUGAUUUGCAUCCUCGGGGUGCACUACCUGAGGUCCUUCCAUCGGGACAUGACCAUCCUUAGGCAGCACUUGGCAGAGUUUCAAGUGGCCAACUCCCACUGCUACUGCUGCAGCGUGCAGCACAAGAUGCCUGAGACCGGCGAGCGGAUUUCCUGCGACAGAGACAUCAUCCAGGCGUGCAUUGUGACCUGGUUUGGCAGCCUCGCGGAUUUCGACAACUUCGUUCAAGCGGAGCUCGCGGGCUACUUCUGGCGGUCUCUGGGGCACUUCGGAUUGCCUUACCGCUGGGUGGUGGGCUCUCAGCUGCCGGUGCUGUGGGCCUACAUGGACCUGAUCGCAGAUGGCAUACAGAAGCAAGACUCGUGGUACAGCGCCGCGAUGAUCCUUGAGGCGUUGACCAUGUGGCUUUGUGCGAGCCCCCUGGUGGUCGCUUUCGUCAUAUGGGUCACCAACCUCUUUCAGAAAAAGCGGACGUACAUGGUCUGUGACCUCAUGGUGUCGGGUCUUGCUGCCCUGCUGACGCUCGUCCCAUUUGUGGUCUUGACCUUCAUGUGGUACCUGUCGCGUUAUGCGAUCUCCUCGGCAAAUCCAUUGCCCGGGGCGGUGGUCUUCUUCAUCGUCUCCGCGGAGCUGACGACGCUGACCUUCAAGUGGGGCCGCUCCAACUGCCUUGCAUGCUGCUAAGUCUUGCAUCACGGCCGGUCUUCCGAGACCAUCCGGGGGAGGGGGCAUAUGAAGCACAGGUUUCCAAGGC